AUGGUUCGAUUUAAAAACAGAUACAUCAUCGCUCGCGUGCUCUUCCACGAUAAAAAACCGACGUCGGAACAUAUGCUCUCGAAUCAACUGAAUUUGGAAAUCGAAUCCGCGUUUGGCGUCUGCGGCGCUCGAGAGAUGUGUCCGUCGGUGCAGGUGAAGUAUUACGAGCAAAAAUACGGGUCGAACGUGGUCGUUUUACGAUGCUCGCGCGAAGACGUACGAAAAGUGAAACUUUGUUUCGAAAACAUCGAAAGAGUGGAAGGGAGGACGUGCACGAUGCGAGCGGUGGCCGUGCACGGGAAGUUGGGGAGCUUGAAGGAGAACGUUUUGGAGAAGAUUGGGAGGUUUGCGGUGAAUGGCGAAGACGGAGACGAGGAGGAGGAAAAGAAGGAAGAGAAGCGGAGGAAAGUGAGGAGGAAAGUAGAGAAGGCGGUAGAGGCGAUGACGAGUUGA